ACUUCCCUCCGUUCCCCAGCCCGACUCAGCCCUCGGUGCUCCUAGGGGAGGACCCUCCGCCCUACUCCCCUCUCACCUCCCCGGAGAGUGGCAGCGCCCCUGUUAUCAGCUGCAGGGUGUGUCAGAGUCUGAUCUCUGUGGAGGGCAAGAUCCACCAGCACGUGGUGAAGUGCGGGGUUUGCAAUGAAGCUACGCCCAUUAAGAAUGCCCCAGCAGGGAAGAAGUACGUUCGCUGCCCCUGCAACUGUCUGCUCAUCUGCAAAGUCACUUCCCAGAGGAUCGCCUGUCCCCGGCCAUAUUGUAAGAGGAUAAUUAAUCUGGGUCCAGUUCAUCCUGGUCCGGCCAGUCCUGACCCCCAGCCAGCUGGAGCCCGCGUCUCCUGUGGACACUGCAGCAACACCUUCCUGUGGACAGAGUUCACAGACCGGACGCUGGCCAGGUGCCCGCACUGCAGGAAAGUCUCCUCCAUUGGUCAGAGGUACCCCCGGAGGCGGAGCUUGUGGUGUUUUCUACUCUGCUUGCUAUUCAGCAUCUCCACCGCCGGGCUGAUGGCUGGAACGUGGGUGAAAGCUCAGACCUACCAGGGGAUCUACGCCUCGUGGGCCGUGCUGCUGCUCCUGGUCCUCGUCACCCUGGCUCGGGCCUUCUACUGGGCGUGCAUGAGGGUCAGCCAGCCCCUCCAGAACUUCACAUAGAGCCCCCCUCUCUCCCGACUCGGCUGCACCCUCUUCCCAACCCCCCCGCCCACCAGGCAGGAGGAAAGAUGGCUUUAAAGAAAAAAAAUAACAAAAAACAGAAUAUUUAUUUAAAUCCAACUCCAGAAAGAAAAAGGUCUCCUUCUCCUUCUCCUCCUCCUCCUCCUCCUGUCCCUUCUCUUUUAGUCAAAUGUGUUUCUAAAACUGGAUGGCGGUGGCUGCGACUGCUAUAUAUCUAUCGGUAAUUAUGAUGAUGCGUAUAGCCUAAUGUACUGUUUAUCUGUUCUAAUCUCGUGGCCAGUGUGGGGUUCAUUUUAACAUUAUUAUAACAAACUUUCUUCUUCUCUCUCCCCCUGCGCUGUUUAUACAUUUUGGACUUAGUCUGUGGCACAUCUGUUGCACUCCGGCAAUUUCUAAGACGAGGGCUUAAAGUUAAGUCUUAGAUGUGAACGUUGCCCUUGUUUUUGUUUCUGGGGGACACUCCUCCUUCAGUCCUAAUUUAACAUUAGUUUCAGCAUUGGAGCAUUUAACUUUUUUUUUUUUUUUGAGAAACAUAUUAUUUUGUAAAGGCGGCGAUGAAGUCAGAUGAAGCUAACAAAUCGAUGCCAGUAGAAGACGAUUGGCCGGGGGGGGGGGGACAUCGGCCUCCUUUUUUUUUUGUGAAUCAAAAGAUCAAGUAGGUGUUGAAAUGUGUCUGAAAAAUUGAAUUCAGCAGUAUGUGAAGGUAGGCUAUGAUGUUUCUGAACUCAAUGUUUAUGCUGAAUUAUCCCCUGGGACUGACUUUGAUCCAAAGCAGCUUGAAAGCCUUAAAAGGAGGUGUGAUAGAAGGAUUCAACACACACACAAACACACACACACAUACAUACAUACAUACACAGCCACGUGAAUGCAUAGCGGCACACAACAAAAGCAGGAUGCUCUUUUAGAGCUUCAACAGCUCAGAAACCAGUUUGUCAAAGGCAUACCAGCCUCUGUCUUCAAAGACAGACCCGUAAACAGAUUUUCUCCAUACUGUUGUCCUUAUUACAGUGAAGGAAAAGUGACAUGCGUGGCCACUUUACAUGAAAGUAUGGAUAUUUUUUUCCGGUCCCAUAAGAGUGUAACCACGUCUAUAGCUUUUUUUUUUUUUCUUUCACCCAAACUAUAACGAAUGCAUACUUUUUUAUCUUUUUAUUAUUUGUUUUCGCAUCAUACUUCAAUCUCCAGUUGACAUCAAAACCAGCUAAAUGUGUCAUAAUCCUCCCUCUGACUUUCAAGAGACAGGUUUACAUUAUUACACUGUAAAUUACACUGUGCAAUUAAUCGAAAUAGUAAUAUGGUGCAGUUUCUAGAUUGAAGAAUCUGCAAAAGUUAAAAUGUGUGACAAAGAAAAUCAUUAUAAUGACGUACUGUAGGGCUGCAGAGACGCCCUGGCUUACAAAUCAUGUUCUCCACAUGUAAGAAAACAUGUUUGUUUGGUUCAGACCUCAAUAAAUGUCACAUCAUUGAGAUUUUUAAGAGCUUUUUUUUUCAGUGAAAAUGAAAAAAUUGUGCAAAAAUGAUCAUUCCCGCUAAUCGUGAAUCCCAAUAUCAAAUCAGGCAGCUUUAAUUACAUACACCUUUCGGUUGCUUGGCUUUCUGAAACCAACCAAAGUGUGAAACAAACACAGAGAGCCAUUGGCAAUGUCAGUAUCCGCCUGCUUAUACCCACAAAACCCUCCGAGUAUAAGGUGUGUCUUGGAAUUGCUUUCUGUUUUCAUUCACACAAACUGCGCUACAUGUUUGUCUUGGGAGAGGACUGAGAGCUGAAUUUACAGGCCUGUCUGUAUGUUUUGCUAGCUGGAAUUCAAUCUGUGAAAGCAAAACAUCAGUAAGCCUUAAAAUAAAUUUAAAAAAAUACAAUUCGUCAGGCUUUUGUUGCUCCCGAUCGCAACCCCAGAAUUUCAGGAUGACGUCUAAAUGCAUCAGAGCUCAAAUAUCGAACUGAAAUUGCCGUGAAAGCUCCAUAUUGUUCAACUCUGUCAGCGGUUUCGAUCGCAGUCGGGACCGUUCGUGGUGGAAAAUAUGUCCCGUUUUUGUCAUUGAAAGCGGAGGCUGGUCGGUUCCAGAUGGAGCGUUCACCUUAAGGCCAGUGGAAUAAAUGUAAGGGAGGUAAAGCUCUACCCACUACACAAAGCCUAAUGCAAGUCAGAAUAGGUCAGUAAACAUAAACAACACACUACACUAUACAUUUCCACUCAGUGUAAAGUCCCACAAUGACUCGUCUGUGGUUCUGAAUGUGGUAACAUUUCUUUUUUGUUAUGAAUUAUGUAUUUUUGUUUCAAAUUGUAAAUAUAUUUGUCGUUUGUGUACAAUGGAAGUGACUAAGCAAAUUAUGUUGCACUCCGAGCUUAACACUACUGCUGUGAGCGCUGCGGAUGUUUUAUUUGUUGUUUUUAAGAAGGUUAUUUUUGCAACUCUUCACCUGUUAUUGUUACAUAUUUAAUUAUUUGACGAACUACUAACCCAAUAAGCCUCCAGGACACCCGUGUCUAAUAUCUUAUAACACAUCAACAUACUCGCACACAAACAAAAACAUCGUGACCAAGUUCUCUCUCUUUCUCUCGCACGCAAACACACACACACACACACACACACACCCAGCACCUUAUACAGUAGUGAGAAACACUGCAUUACACCAAGUAAGAUGAGAUGAAGUUACCUUGCUAGACUGAACUGAGGUCGCAGACAGUUCAUGUGGAAGUGUCAUGUUAUUUAUUAUACACGCUGCAAAAAAGGCUUUUAACAAAUAAGUCAUUCAUCAAGUCCUAAAAUCUUAUUUACUGUACAAAAAAAAGUCUGUUAUGAAGUAACAAUAUUUCACUUUCUUCAAGACUGGACCAAGGGCAAUUGUUUCUUUUCUUUUUUUUUGAAAUCAAUACAACAAUCUGCCAGUUUAAAGUUACAGUUGCAUUCAUUUCUAAGACUUUGGUUGAAA